AGGUAGGCCCCUUUACACUAUGACUGUUCUUCCUGGUCAGUUCCAGCACCCAUUCUUAUUCCAACUGCAAUCACUCGAAAAUCUCAAGCAUUUUCUCUGUUUUUCUCUCUUCUACCUUUCAUUUUCGCGGGAAAAAAUGGAGUUGGAAAAUCGACGGAAGAUCGAGGAGACUGUUGUCGACAUACUGCGGAACACGGACUUGGAGCAGAUGACGGAGUUCAAGGUCAGAGCCAUGGCGUCGGAGCGCCUCGGAAUCGAUCUCUUAGCGACGGAGCACAGGAGCGUCGUCAGGAGCGCUGUCGAGAGCUUUCUCCUCUCGGCGGCGGAGCAGCCCGAGAAAGGCGUCGGAGAAGAGCCGGAUAAGAAAUUGGCCGACAAGGAGGUGAACAACGGAGGUGAUCGGCUCAUUUGCAAGCUAUCGGGCAGAAGGAAUGUGGUGGUUAACGAUUUCAGAGGGAAAACCUUGGUUUCGAUUAGGGAAUUUUAUCGAAAAGAUGGACUGCAAGUUCCUUCUGGAAAAGGAAUUAGCCUAUCCACUGAACAGUGGUCCGCAUUAAAAAAAAAUGUCCCCGCGAUUGAAGAAGCUAUUAAGAAAAUGGAGUCAAAGUUAAGAUCCCAAGUUGAUGGUAAACAAACUGAAGAUAUCUCUAAUUCAGCAAAAGAUAUGUCUAAUUCAGCAAGUGAUGUUCCUCCAUACGAACUUCGUUUAGAAAUUGACCGGUUGGAUGGGAAGAACUACCUAUCGUGGGUUCAACAGAUGGAACUUUUGUUAAAGCAUUUAAAGAUUGCCUAUGUUCUUACUGAACCAUGUCCAAGCAAUGCACUAGGCCGAGAAGCUAGUGCUGAAGAAAUAACUCAAGCAAAGGCUGCUGAACAGAAAUUUAAGAAAGACGAUUACACGUGUUGUCGCAAUAUUUUGAGCUCUGUAUCUGAUCAACUGUUUAAUCUAUACUCAAAGAAGAACAUGACAGCCAAAGAACUGUGGGAAGAGCUAAAGUUAGUACAUCUUUGCGAGGAACAUGGAACAAAAAGAUCUCAAGUUAAAAAGUACAUCGAAUUUCAGAUGGUUGAGGAAAAAUCGAUAAUGGAGCAAGUUCAAGAAAUUAACAACAUUGCCGAUUCCAUUGUUGCUGCUGGUAUGAUGAUUGAGGAGAAAUUUCAUGUUAGUGUCGUGAUCUCCAAGCUUCCUCCAUCAUGGAAGGACAUAUGUGUCAAGUUGAUGUGCGAGGAUUAUCUUCCUUUCUGGAUGUUGAUGAAUCGUUUAGGUGUUGAAGAAGAGUUGCGCAACCAGGGCAAAGGAAAAUUGCCUAAUCCGGCAGGCUAUCAUCCACCUGAUAAAGAUGUAUCAAAGACGAGAAAUUUGAAUCCAUACUUUUUGCACUCCAAGAAACGAGAGUGGGAGACAGAUAACAGAGUUGUUUGUCACACUUGUGGUAGAAGGGGUCACAUUUCACAAAAUUGUCGCAGUAAGACCUGGAGGCGUGACAAGGAAUUUCCUGAGAAGAGGAAUGAGGAUAACGGAUCCUUGCCUGCAACUACAGAGGAAACUGACCGAAGGACUUUGGAUCCUGGGAACUUUGAGCUCGAAGAUAGCAUUGAGAUUGAAGUUGAUGAUGAUGUUAAUGCUGCCAAGACACCUCUAUUUGUGUCCUCUCUUUUGAUGGGUGGGCAUGGUGGCUCUUUAUGAUCCUACCAAUUGGGCUAAAUGUAGAAGAUCAAAAGUGUGGAAUCACUUCAGAAUUGAACCUAGAAAGAAUGGUGAGGGGAAGCAAGAGCCAAAAGCUAUUUGCAACUACUGCAAGGGUGAGUACUAUUGUGGUUCAAGUUGUCGUACAAGCCAUUUGGAUCGGCAUUGGAAAAAAUGAGUGGAAAGACAUGGUGGGAGCGCAGUUUCCUACCAAAGCCAACUGAAAUUUUGGGCCCGUUUGUUUCAUGUAUUCAAAAUCAAAUCAUUGAUUAUGCUACAUUGUUUUUUUCUCACAAAAAAUUUGAAUUUCAAACGUCAGAAUCAUGGUUUGAGUAUACCUUUCAAAUGGGCCCUUAGUGGCAAGAAUAGAGAUCCUUGCCAAGGCCAGCUUAGAAUUAGUGACAUGUUUGGAAUUGGAAAGAACCAGGUCCUCACUACUUGAUACUUUGAUAUAUUUGCUCAAGGGCAUGGAAGGUUGAAAAUAGAGAAAAAGACUCUGGACUUCAAGACCGGAUGGAUUGAAGACUAACUUCAUAGAUAUAGAAUGCAGUGUAUAUAUCUUUGUUAGCCAACUAAUGGUCAGUGACCAGUAUACUGAUAUUUUGAACCUCUAGACAGAUAUUGAAAAGAUAGAACCACGGAGUAGCUGGUGUUUGAAGCCGAACAAGUUAGAUAUGAAAGACGGUCUUGAU